AUAUCACCGAUCCUGUUUGAAGCUUCAAUUUUGAUGAUAUCGAUGCCACCUCUAAUAAUUUGACCAUCUCAAUCUUGGACGCGUCCAUUACCACCUCUCGCCUCGGUGGGUACUCACCACAAUGCUACUCUUCUGCCCAGUAUGCAGCAAUCUCCUUACCGUCUCCAAGAUGCCCGUAAACCCACUUUGGCCUGAAGAGUCUGGCAAAAACCGCUUCGAGUGUCGCACAUGUCCGUACAUGUUCAUGAUAACUCAAAGGAUGAUGGAGCGUAAGCCAAUGAAGAGAAAAGAAGUCGAGGAUGUACUUGGUGGGGAAGACGCCUGGGCAAAUGUUGACAAGACCGAUGUCCAAUGCCCAAACGACAAGUGCGGUAAUACGCAGGCUUUCUUCUAUCAAUUGCAGAUUCGCUCUGCGGAUGAGCCGAUGACUUCUUUUUACAAGUGCACAUCUUGUGCUCGUCAAUGGAACGAAUGAGUUUGAUAUAUACACUUUUCCAUCUACUUUUCGCAUAGCAUAGGAGUUGGGAGGGCUUUCUAAAGAGAUACCCAUAUAUAUAUAGCGGGGCAGACCGAUUCGCAUUCGAAAUUGUCGGCUUAAAAUACAACAUCAAACCCACGGACUUGUUUCUUGUACAAAUCGCGUCAUAUGCCUAUAGGCUAUAGCAGAGUCAAUCGACUUGACUUAGAUCUCAUUCAGCAUUUGACGAGUCAUCGGGACAUGGCGCUGACAACCCAGUCGAACUUGGCAGAGUAGAUUA